AUGUGGCUCUCGUCCUUCGCCUCCGCCGCCGACGCGGAGCCGCUCGCAGUGCGCGCGCGCGUGUGGAGCUCGCGCAGCUGCAGCGCCGCUUCAAGCUCUGCAGCUGGCGGCGACGACGCGCUGACGCUCGUGGCCACGUCGGACGUGGCGCUGCUGCGCCGCCUGCGCGUGGUGCACGACUCGUUCGUGACGCUGCAGUUCCAGGGCCGCCGCCACGUUGGGAGACUGCGCCUGCUGCCGGCAGGCUCCAUAGUGGACGCCAGUGAAGAUGAAGAUGGAGACGUGACGCUGUCGCCGCUGCUGGCCUUCAACCUCGGCAUCCCGCUGCACUCGUCCGCCGCCAGCCACGUGAGUGUGGAGCUGUCCAUCCGCGCGGCGUCUCCGCAGCAGCUGGGCCUUGCACUGCAGCCGCCUUCGUCUCCGUUCCGUCGCAAGCAGCAGGAGCAGCCAGCGCCCGCCUCGUACGCCAUGAUCGCGCCGCUGCUGGUGUCGAGUCUGUCGUGUCGCCAGCACGCGCUGCUGCAGCAACGCGACGGGCUGCUGGACGCCAUCCGCGCGUUCUUCUCGACGGCCAGAGCGCUGCAGGCCGGGGACGUCUUCGCCGUGGAGCUGCGCGAGACGACGCAGUCGCACGUGCCCAAGGAGAACGAGCGCUACAGGCAGAACUACGUGCCGUACAAGUGCGUGGAGGUGCCUGCCGCCUGCAUGCUGCAGACUGAGGGCGAGACUGCCCAGGCGGUGACAGAGCUCAUGCCCCCGACACUGGACCUGGACACGUCGCUCAUGUUCUUCCGCGUGGAGAAGCUGGAAGGUGGAGACAGCAAGGACGCGCUGGCGCUGACGGUCUCGGACGCUACGGAGCUCAUGCAGGGCUCUUCAACCUCCGCCCCGUCGCCGGAUGAAGCGACCAUCAAGUAUUUCAUGAUGCGCAGCAGGCACCGCGGGGCUGUCCCGCCGUUCGACUCGCCCCUACCGUCGGCUACGCAGCAGAAGCUGUACGAAGUGCUGUACCCGGCUCAGUUGUGUGAGAUCCCAGUGUCCGUCCUCCUGAGUGGCGCGAGAGGAGUCGGCAAGAGGACGCUGGUCCACCAAGUAGCCAAGCAGCUCGGCGUGAUCACUGUGGAGGUGCCCUUCACUGAGCUUACGGGCCAGUCCGAGCUCCACUUGCUGGAAAACGUGCGGGAUCAAGUGUCCAAGGCUCAGGCACUGUCGCCUUGCCUUCUCUACAUCAGCCACCUCUUCCCGGUCGAGAAGGACAACGAAGAGGCUGAGCUGCGCAUCGGCGCUGUUCUUUCCGAGUGUAUUCGCUCGCUGAGUCAAAACCAGCACAGCAUCCCAUUGAUCGCGUGCGUUGAGGACGUCAACGAAGUGCCCAAGUUCAUCCGACAGUGCUUUCUGUAUGAAAUGCACCUCGAGGCGCCGGACCAGCGAAAGCGACUCGAGUUCUUGCGGCACAUGGCGGCUUCGAUAGCGCUGAGCGAGGACGUUGACCUGGAGGAAGUCGCGCAGUUGACGGCAGGUCGGACGUACGGAGAGCUGUCGGCCAUGCUGGCAGAUGCCGGCAGUCUUGCGAUCGAGCGCAUCCUUGGUGACGAGACCGACACAGACACGAGUGAACAAUCGUUUGAGGAUCUAGUGUUCGCAGACUCCGAUGACCUCCCGCACGAAUGCUCUGUCUCGGCUCAAGACAUGGAGGAAGCGGCCCAGAACCAACAAGCACAGGCAUCCUCCGCGAACAUUGGCAAUGCGUCGAUCCCCAACGUGAAGUGGACGGAUGUGGGCGGACUAGAAGACGUCAAGGACGAGAUCCUCGACGUCGUGCAGUUACCGAUUAAGCACCCUGAGCUUUUCGCUAGCGGUGUGCGUCAGCGAUCCGGAAUUCUGCUGUAUGGUCCGCCAGGAACAGGCAAGACACUACUCGCAAAGGCCAUCGCCACCGAGUGCAACCUCAACUUCUUGAGUGUGAAGGGCCCGGAACUGCUGAACAUGUACAUUGGUGAAAGCGAAAAGAACGUGCGGCAGGUGUUCGCAAAGGCGCGUAGCUGUCGGCCCUGCAUCCUCUUCUUUGAUGAACUCGACUCGCUGGCCCCGAUGCGUGGGCGCGGGUCGGACUCGGGUGGAGUCAUGGACCGCGUGGUAUCGCAGCUUCUAACGGAGAUCGAUGGCCUUAGCGGCGGUGGCAACGACCAAGUAUUCGUGAUUGGAGCCACGAACCGCCCGGACCUGCUCGAGUCGGGCUUGUUGCGUCCCGGUCGCUUCGACCGACUGCUGUACCUGGGCAUUUGCAACGAGACAUCCGCGCAACUCAAGGUUCUGAAGGCGCAGACGCGGAAGUUCACGCUCGCCGAGGACGCCGACCUCGAGGCCGUGAUCGAGCACUGUCCAACCAAUUUCACGGGUGCCGACUUCUAUGCGCUGAGCUCCAGUGCUCUAGCGGCUGCUUUGAAGGAUCGCGUUGAAGCGCUUGACCAGCAACUCGAGGCAAUCAACGCGGAGGACUGCUACUCAUCGAGCCCGAUGACGAUCCGUUUGUUGCUUAACCGAUUGUCGCCCGAGGAGCUUCGCGUCCCCGUGAGCCAAGAGCACUUCAUGACGGCGCUCUCGCAGGUCGUCCCCUCCGUCUCGCCCGCCGAGAUCCAGCACUACGAGAACCUCAAGAAGCAGUACAGCUCGAGACAAACAUGAUACUGUACGCACGAAAGAGAGCAUGUGUCGUGCCGCUGGUUGCGCCGCGGCACCCAGAGUGAUUGCAUCUGGUGAGGCAAGUAUUGGGGAAUUUGUGUGCGUUGAGAUCGAUCUCUGCCGGCCGAGCUACAGUAACUAAACUCCACUUUAAUAUCGAUCGCAUGGUGUUGAAUCUUUU